GGCGGCCCGGAGUGCGGCUCUCCAGCGCCCCCUCCCCCCGCCCGUCGCUUUCUCCAUCCUCGGGUCCAAGAUGGCGGCGGCGGCGGCUCCUCCGGCUCCAUCUCCGCCCCCCCCCGCGCCGCCGGGCCCGCGCGGCCCGGGCUCGUGGCCCAACUUCGCCGUCGUCUGCUCCUUCCUGGAGCGCUACGGGCCACUCCUCGACCUGCCCGAGCUACCCUUCCCCGAGCUGGAGCGCGUCCUGCAGCCGCCGCGGGAGCCCGGGGACCAGGUUCCCAGAGAGUUGGUGGACCUUCACUUGAAGCUGAUGAGAAAGAUUGGGAAGUCUGUCACAGCAGACAGAUGGGAAAAAUACUUGAUCAAGAUAUGCCAAGAGUUCAAUAGCACUUGGGCUUGGGAGAUGGAGAAGAAAGGAUACUUGGAAAUGAGCGUUGAGUGCAAACUCGGGAUUCUGAAGUACCUCUGUGAGUGUCAGUUUGAUGACAAUCUAAAAUUUAAGAAUAUUAUUAAUGAGGAUGAUGCCGACACUAUGCGCAUUCAACCAAUUGGUCGUGACAAAGAUGGCUUAAUGUAUUGGUACCAGCUGGAUCAAGAGCAUAAUGUUAGGAUGUAUGUAGAAGAACAAGAUGACCAGGAUGGGUCUACGUGGAAAUGCAUUGUCAGAAGCCGAAAUGAUCUGGCUCAGACACUCGAGCUCCUGAAAGCACAAAUUGAUCCUGCACUGUUGAAAAACAACAACCAGCAGGACAGUUCAUCACGUGAAAGCCCAAGCCUAGAAGAUGAAGACCCCAAAAAGGAAGAAGAAACAUCUACCCCAGAAAAAGAAUUAAAAAUAAAAGAAGAAAAAAAGACAGUGGAGGAACAGUCAAAAGAAUUAGAAAGUCUUCCUCCACCUACUACCACAGAAGAUGGAAACAUAAUUAAAGUAGAGAAAGUAGAAGAAAAGGAAAUUAUAAAACUCCCGGUUAUCGUAAAACUAGAGAAAACCCCAGAAAACAAUGAGGAAAAGCAGAUUAUCAAAGAAGAAAGCGAUUCUUUUAAAGAAAAUGUCAAGCCUUUUAAAGCAGAAGUAAAGGAAAUGAAAGUAGACCCAAGGGAUUUAAGAGAAGUAAAAGGCAGCACAGAUAAAAUAGUUCAUGAACCUGAGAGAUUAGACUUUUGUGUCAAUGUCAGAACUCCCCAGGAAAUUGUGGAGAAAUCUGUGGAGGAAAGUGAGAAGCUGAAAAAUGACCAGCAGGCAAAGAUCCCUCUGAAGAAGCGGGAGAUCAAACUGACCGAUGACUAUGACAGCCCAAUCAAGGGCCCCUUGUGCAAAUGUGUUACUCCCCCAAAAGAGGUCUUGAAAGAGGAAGGGAAACCAGAAGAGGAGGCUUUUAAGCGUGUUCCUACUAUUACUGCAUUAUGUCCUGAUGGGAAAUUACUAGUCAAUGGAGAGGUUAGCUGUGAAAAAGCCCCAAAUGUCACCCACAAUAAUAAGUCAGAACACUCCAUCAGCACAAAGGAAGAGAGCAGCAGCUCAUUAAAGGAGAAAAAUGGUAUAAGUGGGGAAAAAGUACCAGACUGUUUAAACUCUGUUUGCAGAAUUGUGAAAAUAUGUGAGGUUGAGAAAACUGUGAUGCCUGUGGGAAAAGAGGUAGCAACUACGAUCUCUGAGAUUGCUAGUCAGAAAGUGCCUUUAAAAGUGGAAUCUAGUCCUACGGAAAAGGAGGCCCUCGACAGUAUGACUUCUGAGAUAAUAGUGGAAGAGGCCUCAAAAACUGUAGACUACCCCAAAGGCCCUGAAGAGAAGCUAAUUUUGAAAAUUAAAAAGGACAGAAGACUUCCACUUAAGGACAGCUUAGAAAAGCUUGAAAAGUCUAUGAAGACAUCCACUCCUAAAGAGCCACCCAAGGUUGAUGUACCCGGUGAUGAGGGUUUGAAAAGCAAAAGUGAACCGGAGAAGAAACCUAAUUCUCCCAGAGCUGCUGAAACACCUCCAUCAUCUACUUCUCCUGUUCUUUCAGGCAAGCCUGUUUCAGAACAAGAGGGCUCUGACUGUAAAAGCAUACUCCCUUGUAACAGCAAAGUACAGGAAAAAUCAGACUGUGAAAAGCCAACAGAGGAAUCGGAAGUUUCCAUGUCAGAACCAGAUAAACUAGAUAACACCCAAAUCUCUAAUGCAGAGGACACUUCGGAGACUGAAAAUGAACCUACAGCACAGAAAAGCAAAUUUAAAUAUAAACUGGUUUCUGAUGAGGAAGGCUGUAUUACAGAUAACAAGGAGAUAACCUCGGAGAGGCAGAAAGAAGGAAUUAAAUUAACAAUCAGGAUCUCUAGCAGAAAGAAAAAGCCUGAUCCACCCCCAGAGGAUGCCAAUGCUGGUCGUACGUUAAGGAGGAGUCCAAGAAUAUCUAAACCUACUCCAAAAAUUGUGGAGACUCGAGAUUUGAAACCUGACAAAAAACGAAUUGAAGAUGAUGAGGAAAAAAUGGCAGCAGGGCAGAAGCAGGACCGAAAAGAGGAUGUGAAAAAACAGGAGAAGGAGCCUAAUGCUAAAGUCAGCAAGGUCGCACAGAAAAGCAAAGUUCGGUGGGCAGGUACACGGACGCGUGGGAAAUGGAGAUACUCAAGUAAUGAUGAAAGCGAGGAAUCCGAGAAUGAAGAAAACACAGAGGAGGGCUCAGUAGAGGAGGAGGAAGAGGAAGAAGAGGAACCUGCACCUGCAGAUGAUGAUGAACCAUGCAAGAAGUGUGGCCUUCCCAAUCAUCCUGAGCUAAUACUGUUGUGUGACUCUUGUGACAGCGGAUACCACACAGCCUGCCUUCGCCCCCCACUGAUGAUAAUCCCAGAUGGAGAGUGGUUCUGUCCACCUUGCCAGCACAAAUUACUCUGUGAGAAGUUAGAAGAACAGCUGCAGGAUCUGGAUGUUGUCUUAAAAAAGAAGGAACGUGCGGAGCGAAGGAAAGAGCGAUUGGUGUAUGUGGGCAUCAGCAUAGAGAAUAUCAUUCCACCACAAGAGCCAGAAAUACAAGAAAGUCCGGAGGAAAAGAAGAAAGAUUCCAAAAAGCCAAAGUCAAAACUACUUGAAAGGAGGUCUACCAGAACCCGGAAAUGCAUAAGUUAUAGAUUCGAUGAAUUUGAUGAGGCAAUCGAUGAAGCAAUAGAAGAUGAUAUCAAGGAAGCUGAUGGGGGAGGUGGUGGCCGAGGCAAAGACAUGUCAAAUAUCACAGGUCACCGUGGAAAGGACAUUUCUACCAUCCUUGAGGAAGAAAGGAAAGAAAAUAAGCGGCCCCAGAGGGCUGCUGCAGCACGUCGCAAGAAACGACGGCGACUAAAUGACCUGGAUAGUGAUAGCAAUCUGGAUGAGGAGGAGAGUGAGGAUGAGUUCAGGAUCAGCGAUGGCUCUCAGGAUGAGUUUGUGGUAUCAGAGGAGAACUUAGAUGAGAGCGAAGACGACCCACCGUCGAAUGACGACAGUGAUUCAGAGUUCUGCGCCCGCAGACCCAAGCGGCACCACUCCAGGCCGAUGAGACAAAGCAGGCGGUUACGAAGAAAAAGAGUCAGGAAAAACUAUUCAGAGGAUGAUGAGGAGGAAGAUUCUGAGGACAAUAUCAGUAGGGAGUCUGACAGCGGUGAUUAUACAGACUACAGUGACGACGAUUACCUGGAAACUAGGCGGAGAAGAUCCAGGAGGAAUCAGAAGAGACAAGUGAACUAUAAGGAGGAUUCAGAAAGUGAUGGCUCACAGAAAAGUGUCCGAUAUGGAAAAGAGUUAAGACGAGUUCAUAAACGAAGGCUUUCUACUUCAGACAGUGAAGAGAGCUACCUGUCCAAGAACUCUGAAGACGAUGAACCAGCAAAGAAAUCCAAGCGGUCGAUCCGAAAGCGCAGCCGGAGUACAGACGAAUAUUCGGAAGAGGAGGAAGGGGAUGAGCAAGAGGAGGGGAGACCUGUCCGCAAGCGGCUGAAUCGAAUCGAGACGGACGAUGAAGAUAACUGCGACAGUGCUAACAAUGACGUGGAGAAGCCUGCUCCUGCUCAUAAGCUAUCGGUGCCACAUGCUCCUCACGACAGCAUCAAGAAGCCCUCCUACCGGAUAGAGAGUGACGAUGAAGAUGACUUUGAUAAUGUAGGAAAAGUAGAAAGCCCGUUGGACUACAGCCUAGUGGAUUUGCCUUCCACCAAUGGACAAAGCCCAGGUAAAACAAUUGAGAACUUGAUUGGCAAACCAGGUGAGAAGACCCAAGCCCCCAAGGACAGCACAGCCAAUGCUAGCCUGGCACCCAAUGGGACAGGGAGUGGGCAGGAGGCAGUAGGUCCAGAGGAAGAGGAAGAUGAACUUUUGAGAGUGACUGACCUGGUUGAUUAUGUCUGUAACAGUGAACAGUUAUAAGACUUUCUUCCAUUUUUGUGCUAAUUUAUUCCACGGUAGCUCAUACCAGCGGGCCAGUUGUUAAAAGCUGUUUUAUUUUUCCUAGAAAAUUCUCCACUACAGUAUCACUUUUUAGAAGCAAGAAUUUCACCAGUCCUGCAGUCUUUCUGUGAAGUGACCAGUUUUGAACUUUGAAGAUAAAUUGCUGUAAAUUCCCUCUCAAUUUUUUUUUUUCCCCUCUCCUUCCAAGUCCAUGGUCCUGGGUAAUUUCAUUCACCAAAACGUCACAGCAGCAAGAGAUUUGUAUAUUUUUGACUUUAUAUUUCCUGAGGGCAUACAAAUUUGUGGCAAUGGGUGGCCUAAGAAAGCAUUCCAAACCCAUCAGGGCCCAAAGUGUAACAGGGCAGGGCUAGCGGGGAGGGAGGGGUCCUGGAAGCACUUGUGCUUUAGCUUUUUCAUAUGAGAUAUAUAUUCUAUUUAAAUGUUCACAACUUAGAUUACAAUUUAACAGACAGGUUCAACAUUAACAUCUGUACUGUUCAUCUUGUGAGUUGUAAAUUAACAUACCAUAGCUCAUUUUAGUAAAUCACCUUCAUGAAAGCAGUUUGAUUUAAUACCGGAGGCAACCACGGUUAGAGGCCAAGAAAGUACCAUGAACACGAACUCUAGUAUCCAUUACGACUUGCAGUUUCCUAAUAAACAUCCUUUAAAGUGUUUGUACAGUAAAGUGUACUGUAAUGAAGUUUUGACAGUUGAAACGUGCUAGCAAUGCAUUUACAAAGCUUUUCCACGCAUAGUCCAUUAGAUGGCUUGUCACAUACGGUGUCUGAUGGAAGGAACUAUCGAAGGGAUGUUUGUCUGUAAAGGGAAUAGCUUCAUGGGGGUGCUGUGCGCUUUUGCAGGCAACAGAACAAGUAACUGCCUGGCCUUUUGAGUUUUAUAUGUCCAAGUAUUUGGAAUGGAAUAUGUUUGUACAUACUGCAUUGACCACAGGAUUACGACACAUCUGAUGAUGGGGGGAUUUUCAAAUAAACCUUGACUGGUCCAUUCAUGUCCUAAUAUCUACUUCAAAUUGAAGUAAACAAAUGGAGCAGUUUUCCUUUUGGAGGUUUUCUGUUUUGGGUGCGUGCGUGUGUUUGUUUUGAUUUACUUAUCUGCCUGGAUGUAUUAGCAGGUUUUGAAUGUAGUGUUGGCCUUUGGCCGUUAGAAUUUUCUUAAUAUACAUUUUAAUAAUUGUCACGUGACCAACUGAUUUCAAGAAGGCAGUAUUUCUGGGAGAAAACACUUAAUUCCAAGGGCCGAUCAGCUUUGGAGUGGAUGUGCAGUGACAUGUGCUUGUAUUCAAGUGUAGAGACUUUAAAAAACCUGGACAGCUUACGCAGCACAUAAUGAACAGCAGAGGUGCAGGUUGUUUGGGGUAAAAAUUGGUUUUCUCUUCACUCUACAAUAAGAUGCAGGCUGCGGUGCUUGUACAUGUUGCAGCACAGAGACGGCUCAAACCCAUCUGCCAAACAUUGAAAUCCAAUGAGGUCACAUCUGUUAAUCCUUUUGCUCUGAGAUUUGGAAUUUUUGUCUGGUGUUAUGUCCAUUGCCGGCAAUGGAUGCACCAGAUUUGCUGCUGGCACCAAGGAGUGAGUUCUCCUUCCCUCCCCCACCCAGCUCCCCAACAUAAUAUUGUAUUUCCUAGUCAGUCAGUAGUUAAGCACUUCUGUUUUAUUGUAAUAAAACUGGCAUUAGGCCUUUACAAAAUACCUCUCUAGAAAACCUAGAUCCAAAAAAACCUACCGUCUCGCCUUGAAACUCUUGUUUUUGUUGCUGUUUUUGUUUCCCUCCCUUUCCAUGCGAGUUCUGUAGGACCCACUCCAUUCAUAUUAUUGAUUUGAAAUCGAGCGGUGCAUUUAUCCUUCUAUAAAACUAGAAUCGUCAGCAUUGAAAAAAGGUUUGGACCGAAUCAUUAUUUGCUGUGCUAAGCCAGGUUUCAGACCUAAAAAAAGAAUUUUUUUAAAAAUUCAGUUUCUAAAUGAGAGUUUGUUCGAUUUGAAUUAAACGCAGUGCUUUUUCCCAUCAUAUCAACUUGCUAACAGGUUAACGCAUUUCAUUAUCAGAUGUUAAAAAACAGGGUAGUGAAAAGCCACAGAAGUUUAGAAAGUGUUCUUAAAGCUUAUGUAGCAUUUUAAGCUACUGUAUAUGGGUUUUUUCCCUUUGCUUAGAUGAUGCAUAAAUGUAGCCCACCUACAUUUCUAACAUCCAUGCAUCUUAAAACAAGCCAGACCACUGGCUUCCUUUCUCCAAUUUUAGUCAUUGCUGAACGUGUUUGCUAUUUGCAGCGCAAACUGGCUAAUCACGUGUAGCAGCAUUCCGUGCGGCCAUGAUUUUUCAGUUGUUUGGGCAGUGCCAUAACCCUUUCACUGCUUGACUUUGCCUUUUGACAUCUGAUCAGUGCAGUAGCAAACAGUCUUGUUUGUAGAGUUCACGCUGACUUUCAGCUAUUUUGUGGGCAAGUCCUUUAAAUGUAGUAAAAAUGCAGAAGAGGUGGAAGGAUUGGAUACAGUACCUAGGAAGAAAAUCGGAUGCUGGCUCUUACUCAUGGGAGUGGUGUGAAAGCAAAAAGAUGUCAAAAAGGUCAGUUGGUACUAAUGCCUCAGCCGUGAAGCAGGAGACAGUGUGUGCAGACUGUAAUACUGUUCUUGAGUCUGAUUGCUCAUGCAGCCCUUUUAUAAAUCAGCCUUUCUGGUUGAUUUGAAGGUUUCUAGGGCUCCCUUGCAUAGCAGUGGGAAUCUUGUCCAAUUAAAUCCUGCAGAAUUUGGCUUAAAGAGGGGGCCUGAAUUUUCCCCCUCCUGUUGUGAAGAUGUUCUGUUUAAUGGGAAGUAUAUAACACCCCCUUGGAAGUCUUCAGUCCCCAUGAGCGCAGACCAAAAUAAUGGUGCAUUGUACGGGUAGCCACACCAGAUCAUGUCCUACUGUAAUCAGUCAGGACUGAAGAGCAGUGCCUUUGGAUUGCUCCACAAUGAUUGCUCCCCUUCACUUCAGUUUAAGAAUCGCAAGAUCAAACAGCUUUACAAUCAACAUGGAAACUGGCCUUGAGGGUUUUUAACCAGCCAGCUAAAUAGAAAAGAAAUCAACAGACAUGAGUCCUAUAAGUAAGCAAAUUAUUGCACAAACUGACAUGCAUCAGGAUGCUACUAACAGCUGGCAUACGGCAUUUGUUUUUAAUUGAACACUGUUUUAGAGCAGAGCUGAGUGGUAAGUUAGUUGAUUUUAAAGUGCAAUUUGGGUUUUAAGUGGGUUUGGGGGGGUGGGCUAUAAAUUAAGGGAGCAGGGGUGGGGGUGGCAAUUUUUAAUCCAUAUCACAAGGAUGAGAGACUGGUAUUUGCUGGCUUGCAAACAGCCGGUAUGGGCAUUGAGGACUUAAGUGCACUGUGGCUUCACUUCAUGCUAAAAGGAUGUGAUGCAAUAAACUAACCAAACCCAUAAUAUAAGACUUGUCUGUUAAAAAAAAUACAAAUUUAGAGGCAGGUGGCAUCUCUUGGUUCAAUGAUAACUAUAGGAAGAUCAGUGCUAAACAGUUUAACUCUUGGAGCAUCUGAUAGCGUGUUCAGAACUACGGCCAUUAACUCACAUGCCAACACAAACAUGCCUUCCUGAUCCUGCAUCCAAAGCUUGCUCUGUUCUGAUGGCACAUAAGAACAGGGAUUUUUUUUUCUGAAUCAUGUGUUUAUCAGGUAUAUCACCUUCUUCAAAGCUUGCUUAAGGUGCCUCAGUUGCUUUUAUGCUAAUUUGAUCUAACUGUUUAGCUCGGCUUCUCUUUUUCCAUUUCCUAUAUCUGAACUCCUCACAGGGACACCUUGUUAUUCAAAGAAUGUCAAGGCAACAUAGAUGUUCAUAAAAGGGGCAAAACCCUCCCCCCAUAACCUUUGCACGGUUGUGGUACAAUAUUUAUGAUUUAUCUUAACAUUUAUCAUUUGAACUACAUAACUAUCCAGAUCCAUUAUAGAGCUCUGUCUUCAGGCUCUUCCCACUUGGCCUUGAAUGCUCUUCAACAGGAAAGCUUGGCCCAAAAUAAAUGUUCACAUAUGUGUGUUACUGAUGUGUAAGAUGCAGUGGGUGUCCUAGCAAUGUUUCUCUAUCAGAAUAUGUCCAGUUCAUUGGGUCAAUAAAACCUUUUAAAUGGAUAUAUCAAAAUAUAAAACCUUACCUCCUUCUAGCAGCAACAAACCUCCAUUGAAGAAAUUGGUGGGGUGAGCCCCAGUAAUUCAUGUGGAAGAGCCCGGUCCCUUCCAUAGGGGACUGCUCCUGGGGAAGUCAUCGAGAUACUCAUUGGCAUAAGGGUGUAUGGACUUGCACUCCAAUUUCUUGGUACAAUCCAGGAGAUACUUGGUGCUGAUCUUACCUUGUGACUUGCACCCUUUUCUUGAGUGAGGCUGUGGGAUGUGGUUCUUAAGUCAUGGAAGCCAGGAAAGGAGAAGUUAUCAGAGAGAAGCCUUAAUGUUCAUUGAGCUCACUUUGGUCAUAUGUAUGGAACUAAUUUUUCAAAAAUGACUAAUGAUUUUGGAUGCCUCUGGUUCUGGGUAUUUGCAUAAAGGCAGUUGACUUCAGAAAUGGCAGAGCACCCGCUUGCUGGAGAUUGGACCCCUCCAAGAAGCCUCACACUGGACACCCAGGAUAGGAGACACUGGGUGCGUCUACACGAGAUGCUAAAUGUGCAGUAGACUAAUUCUACUGCGCAUUAGCACGUCACAGCAAAAGCUGUGUAGUUGUGCUAAUGCGCAGUAGAAUUAGUCUACCACACAUCAACAUCACUUAAAAGGUGUGUGCAGGUGCUACUGUGCAGUAGCACUGGUUACUGUGCAUUUAGUUGGUACCUGUUAUUAAACUUAAUGCGCAGUAACCAGGGUGGCUUAAUGCACGUGUAGACGUGCCCACUGAGAAGCACUAGUCACUUUUGAAAACAAGUUGCUUGUUAAGCUCUUAGUCUAGCAGAACUGCCUGUUUGAAUGGGAGAAGUCCAAACAGCAGAAACCAAGUUUGCCUGGGAGUUGAAAUAAUUGCCCUGACACUGCAGAGUAAUUUAACUUAUUUUGUACAUUGCAAGAGAUUUAUAUUGCUUAAAAUGACAUUUAAAACUCAUGCACAGCUUCUGAAGGAAGAAAUAGACCCCUCUAAAGUAGAUGAUGAGUAUGUACAAAUAAACACGUGAGAGGCUCGAGACAUAAAUACAGCUAAAAAAUGAAUGAACACUCGGGUUUCUCAUUACCAUUUUGUAGUGGGGGCCAAAGCAAUGCAGUCAAAGAGGCCACGUACUUAGUGAAGGCACUUGGGUUCUGCAAAUGUACCUGCUAUUGCUACAGGUCCCCCCAAAGGUUACUGAUGGGAACUGCUGUUGCUGGGUUUUUUUCAGUUUACCUUGUGCACUGGAGAGCACUUUGUGUAUAAUCAGUCUCUAUGGUUCCCCAAGCAUAGACAGAGUUACUUUCCCUGUGUAAGUGGAUCCCUAAAAGAGCAUUGAGGAGUAGGGGUGAGCGGAUGCAAGAGAGAAACAUGAUUGCAAAAGUACAGUGUGGCAGGAGAGGACUCAAACACAUGUAGUUGUACCUGAAACCACUGAGGCACUCCUCAAAACUGACUGGGCUUCAAAUCAGUGGUGUCAGCUGAAGAUGAUCCCAAGACCUUCUUCCAUUCACCUUUAUCCUCAGGCUGCAUAAAAACUUCUGGAAGGGGAGGGGGCAGGUAUGCACUGCAGUGUUGGGGACAUUUUGGAUCAGUACAUAAAAUGCUGCAACAGUGUUUGGCUUUGGGGCACUCUGGUGGAGGUGACACUGUUGCUCUGAUCUUUAUUGCUUGUGUUACAACCCAAGCAGGUGAACUGAUCAGUGAUACGUAGGUUAGUCUGUCAGAGCAUAACGUAAGUGGUUCAACAGGCAUAAAGCUGUUCUACUAAACCAUGUAAUAGGCCUAGUAGCAGUGCACCAUGUAUUAGCUAUAGCAAUGUAAGGUCCUCAAUAGAUACUAAUCUACUACUCAAGGUAAUGUGAUAGGAAAGGAAGUCAGAUCAUAAAUCUAUAUGCCUUCAUUUGUUUUCUAUUUCAUACUCAUGACAUGGACUCUUAAAUCUUGUACAGUAUCUUAUUCUUAUACUCUAUUAAUUGAAAUGGUACUUCCUCCCUCUCCCCCCCCCAAAAAAAAACAACAAAAACAAACCCUUAUAUGAAUAUGAUUUCUGUAAAUGCCAAUGCAAUUCACCAGUGUUUCACAGCCCUCCUUUAAAAGAUGCACGUAGCAGCUCUCCUAUGGUAUUUGCCUGAUUCAUAAAGUUUAAUGUCCCUGUUUUGUUGUAUGAUUGCUCUCAGAGAGACACAGAUCCUGUGCGUUAUACCUGAUGUUCGUGUCUGUACGCUCUGUCCCAGCAAAUAUAGAACAGAUUACUUGCUAGCAGAAUGGCUGUUACCCAGUACUCAGCGAGAACCAGGUCAAAACAGCCCAGUAAGGCCUCUGAAAAUUUAAAAUGUGCUUACAUGAAAUACAGGUUUGGGUCCUAGGCCUGUGUGCUGUUUAAAUGUUUGCAGAGAAAACUUACAAUUCCUUAAGAGCUCACAUUCACAUAUGGCCUCAUUCUUAUUUUCUUUCUCUUCAAAGGUAACAUGAUAAAGUCCCAAAAAUUUAGCUCUUCAUAGAAUUUAGCUCUUGCCUUGCUUGAGUCCUGAACCUUUAUGAUGAUGAUUUUUUUUUUAAUCUCUCUGAAAUCAUGACUUGCUAAAAUGUUGAGGGGGGAGGACUGAGGGUCAUGCACUGUGUGUGUGGAUGAGGAAGUGUGCUGGAAAAACUGGAUUCUUGUUGCACAUUGGAUAGGUGGUGCUUUCGCUGGUUUUCCCCCCCCCCCCACUGCUGAUCUCGCGUGCAUGGAACACAUGAUGCGUUCAACACUUUUUAAAAUGGAAGUCAUGGUGGCCUCAGUGCUCAAAGGGUUAACUGCAGUUUAAUAACAGCUCCUGUUUUUAGAUUUGCAGUACACAACUGUUUAAAUACUGUAUUCCUUGUAAAUUAAGUAAAAAAAAAAAUGUUAAGGCUGGUGCCAAUAUUUUUGUUAAUGAAAUGUUCAAUGUUGUCUCUCACUACAGUCUGGUCAGAACUCUUUGUGUAUAAGCUGGGCCUGAAGCCAUUUUAUAGCUUGUAGGCCUAAUUGUGUAACUUUUUCUUUCAUAAUGUUUUUGUUAUAAUAUCUACUGUCAUUUCUUUCAUAUAAAUAUGACAUGUAAAUUGUCAUAAUAAAAACAUUUAAAUAACUCAA